UAGAAGCCAAAAUAAAACCUGUUAGCUUAUUCAGUAAUUUACUACCUUUCGAGAAACCUAUUGCGAUUCGAUCUAGGAAACAGUCAGAGAUGGAUCAAAAAUUUAUAGAUGAAGAGAUACAAAAGUUAUUAAAAGAUAAAAUAAUUGAACCUAGUCAGUCUCCAUGGCGAGCACAAGUCCUUGUUACUAGUAGUGAACACCAUAAAAAACGUAUGGUUAUAGAUUAUUCACAAACAAUAAAUAGAUUUACUUUAUUAGAUGCAUAUCCACUCCCUUCUAUUGAAGAUGUUAUAGCUAAGGUAUCUAAACAUAAAAUAUUCAGUAAAAUAGACCUUAAAAGCGCGUAUCAUCAAGUACCUAUAUUGGAAAGCGAAAAAUCAUAUACUGCCUUCGAAGCAGGAGGAAAUUUAUAUCAGUUUCGACGAAUUCCGUUUGGUGUCACCAAUGGAGUGGCCGCAUUUCAACGUGCAAUUAAUAAUAUCAUAAAAUCAGAGCAAUUAGAAGGAGUUUAUGCUUAUCUCGAUGAUAUCACGAUUUGUGGGAUAAAUCAGACUGAUCACGAUGAAAAACUUAAAAAAUUUGAAGAAAUUUCUACAAAAUAUAAUCUUACAUUAAACGUGACAAAAAGUGAAUUUUCAAAGACUACUAUAAAUCUUCUGGGAUACAACAUAUGUAACGGAGUGAUUAAACCUGAUCCGGAACGUUUACGCCCUCUCCUAGAACUACCAAUUCCUACUGAUUCUGUUUCUUUGCGACGAGCACUAGGUAUGUUUGCGCACUAUGCUAAAUGGAUUCCUAAAUUCUCAUACAAAAUACAACCAUUUGUCAAUCAUAAUACAUUUCCGCUUACGGAGGACGCUAUAAAAGCAUUUGAAGAUCUUAAAAUAGAGAUAGCUAAAUCUACAGUAGCUGCUAUUGAAAGCGGCAUACAAAUGACUGUAGAAACUGACGCUUCAGAUUACGCUAUUGCAGCUACGUUAUCUCAAGAAGGUCGGCCAGUAGCUUUCUUUUCAAGAACACUUUCUGCUACCGAAAGGGGUCACCCUGCUAUUGAAAAGGAGGCCUCGGCAAUUGUAGAAAGUUUGAGAAAAUGGAGACAAUUACUAAUAGGACGAACAUUCAAACUGAUUACAGAUCAACGUUCUAUAUCAUUCAUGUUUAACCAGCAACAUACAUCAAAGAUCAAAAAUGAGAAGAUACAGCGUUGGCGUCUUGAAUUAAGUAGUUACAACUUUGACAUCAUAUAUCGACCGGGAAGAGAAAAUGUCGUGGCCGACGCAUUGUCACGAGCAAAUACUGUCAUAGCUUCGACAUCGAGAAAUUCAUUAAUGGAUUUACAUAACAGUCUUUGUCACCCGGGUAUUACACGGAUGGUACAUUGGGUAAGAACUAAAAAUUUGCCCUUUUCUGUUGAAGAAAUCAAACGCAUAAAUACAUUAUGUCCCGUAUGUGCUGAAAUUAAACCUAGAUUCAUAAAAUCUUCUGGGACUUUAAUAAAGGCUACUACACCAUUUGAGCGAAUUUCAAUGGACUUUAAGGGGCCUCUUCCAAGUAGAACUCAAAAUAAGUAUAUUCUAACUGUAGUAGACGAAUAUUCUCGUUUCCCAUUUGCCUUUCCAUGUCCAGAUUUAACAGCUGAAACCGUUAAAAGAAAAUUAACUCAAUUAUUUGCAAUCUUUGGAGUACCCACCUUUGUGCAUUCUGAUCGAGGAACAUCCUUUGUCUCAUCAGAAUUAAAGGAAUUUUUAUGUAGCUUAGGAGUAGCUACAAGUUAUUCAUCACCUUAUAAUCCUCAAGGAAAUGGCCAAACAGAGCGUUAUAAUGGGAUUAUUUGGAAAACUAUUCAACUAUCACUUAUGUCUCUUAAGCUACCUAUAAGUGCUUGGGAGUCAGUUAUUACUCAGACAUUACAUUGCAUUCGUUCAUUAUUAUGCACCAGUACUGGGUGCACACCCCACGAGAGAAUGUUUUCUCAUCCACGAAGGUCAUCCAAUGGCCAAUCAAUGCCAACAUGGCUAACGGAAGGAAGUACAGUGUUCAUGAAAAAUCUUGUGAGGAAGAGUAAGUACGAUCCGUUUGUAGAAGAAGUAGAGGUACUUAAUGUAAACCCACAUUAUUCUCAAGUGCGUUUGCAGAAUGGUCGAGAAACUACAAUUUCAAAUAGGUACUUGGCUCCAGCUAAUCCUCCUUUGUUAAAUGAACCUGUAAGAGAACAGAACCCGAACGCAGAAACUGAAUCAUUUAAUACUGAUCAAUCUACUGCUGACCAAUUUCUAACAGACCAAUCUCCCGCAGAAGAAUCUCCUACUAAUCAAUCUCUUACAGAUCAAUUUCCUGCACUUCCAUCCCCUGCUGAGGCAAAUAUAUCUUCACGUCGUUCCACCAGGCUACGUCGCCCACCUAAUCGGUUCCAAGAUUAUCAAACAGAUUUCUAA